AGAGAGAGAGAGAGAGAAAAGGGGAGGGAGUGAGAGAGAAACUUAUAGCUAUCCUCUUUGCUGUCAAAAGAGACUGAUGAACAUACACAAAUCCCUCCUCUACUCUUUUUCCUCCAUCUAUCAGUCUGUUUGGACCAGCACUCCAUCUAUCUGUCUGUUUGGACCAGCACUCCAUCUAUCUGUCUGUUUGGACCAGCACUCCCAUCUAUCUGUCUGUUUGGACCAGCACUCCAUCUAUCUGUCUGUUUGGACCAGCACUCCAUCUAUCUGUCUGUUUGGACCAGCACUCCCAUCUAUCUGUCUGUUUGGACCAGCACUCCAUCUCUCUGUCUGUCUGCCCGUCUGCCAGCACGACAUUAGAGUGGGUGCAUUCGCAUGAUCAUUCCUAAGAGCAGAAGACCAGAAAUCUCCUCGGCCAACCAGAACCUUAGGUCCUCAUCCAGCCCAGCGCCCUGAUAGGCUACCGGUGGAAGAAGUGGAAUUCCCAGUUUGGCAUUCCCAAUUUUCCUGUCCUCUACCAGGUGGUGUGUGAUAUUCCCUAGCCAAACGGCCUGAGAUAGGGGCUGUCUUGGAUACCACAGGCCUUCUGGGUACUCCUCUCCUCUCCAUUACCAUGGCUACCAACAGGGAACGGCAGGUGGGUCAGGUGGGUCACAUGACAGGGUUCCCACCUGCUGUCUACCCAUUUGCCUUCAACUCCAUGCGGAACCACUCCUCCUUUGACCUGCUGGCCAAUAGCAGCCUGUUUGGGAGAUUCAGCACCGACCUCCCUAAAGAGAUGGCUGCACUGUCGGUGGAGACCCAGAGCACCAGCUCAGAGGAGAUGGUCCCCAGCUCUCCCUCUCCGCCUCCCCCGCCACGCAUCUACAAGCCCUGCUUCGUGUGCCAGGACAAGUCCUCCGGCUAUCACUACGGGGUCAGCUCCUGUGAGGGCUGCAAGGGCUUCUUCCGACGCAGCAUCCAGAAGAACAUGGUGUACACCUGUCACCGGGACAAGAACUGCCAGAUCAACAAGGUCACCAGGAACCGCUGCCAGUACUGCCGACUGCAGAAGUGCUUCGAGGUCGGCAUGUCCAAGGAAGGUGAGAGACCAGUGCGCAACGACAGGAACAAGAAGAAGAAGGACGUGAAGGAGGAGUUGGUGCCGCCGGAGAGCUAUGAGCUGAGUGGAGAACUGGAGGAGCUGGUCAACAAAGUCAGCAAGGCCCACCAAGACACCUUCCCCUCACUGCUGCAGCUGGGCAAAUACCACACCGUAAGAGUCUCACACAUUUGGAACUCCAGUGCAGAGCAGCGCGUGCAGCUGGACCUGGGGCUGUGGGAUAAGUUCAGUGAGCUCUCCACCAAGUGCAUCAUCAAGAUCGUGGAGUUUGCCAAGCGCCUCCCCGGCUUCACCACCCUCACCAUCGCUGACCAGAUCACCCUCCUCAAGUCAGCCUGCCUGGACAUCCUGAUGUUGAGGAUCUGCACGCGCUACACCCCAGAGCAGGACACCAUGACUUUCUCCGAUGGGCUGACCCUGAACCGGACCCAGAUGCACAACGCAGGCUUCGGCCCGCUCACAGACCUGGUGUUUGCCUUCGCUGGCCAGCUGCUGCCUCUGGAGAUGGACGACACAGAGACUGGCCUCCUCAGCGCCAUCUCCCUCAUUUCUGGAGACCGUAUGGACCUGGAGGAGCCCCAGAAGGUGGACAAGCUGCAGGAGCCCCUGCUGGAGGCCCUGAAGAUCUACGCCCGUCGCAGACGCCCCAACAAACCACACAUGUUCCCCCGCAUGCUGAUGAAGAUCACUGACCUCAGAGGCAUCAGCACCAAGGGUGCCGAGAGGGCCCUCACUCUGAAGAUGGAGAUCCCAGGCCCCAUGCCUCCUCUGAUCAGGGAGAUGUUAGAGAACCCAGAGGCCUUCGAGGACCAGACAGAGAGCAGUGGAGAGAGCUCCCCACCGCCUGCCCCUCCACCCGCUCCACCAGCCUCCACCAAGCCCCCCGCCACCAUGAAGACUGAGGCCGAGGACGAGGAGGACAGCUGGGGGACAGAGAACGGCAGUGAGCCCUCCCCAGAGGAGGAAGAUGAGGAUGAUUAUGAUGAUGGGGAGGAAGAGGACAGGGGCUCGGACAGUGAGGGGGAAUCCUGGGCUCUGGAAAGUGGCAGCGAAGGGGAUAGGAAGAGCCGUGCCAGGAGGGCGCAGUGAGGAGGGGAGGCGAUCACACACAAAUACAGUCUGUGCACUCAAAUACACACACUAACUGACGUAAUCAUACACAUGCACACACACACACACACACACACACACACACACACACACAGACACACAGAUACACAUACACCCACCUUAACCCUUCCAAUGCUGGCCCUCGCUCGCUUUCCUCUGUAUCCUCUCCAUCUCCCUACUGCACAUCAGUCUCUCCAAGCAGGACAUGACAGGACAGCAGAGACGUACACCUAACUGUACAGACACUAUAACUCAGGUUCUCUGACUCACAGGUUCCUGAUAAGUAGCAUGCAGACACGCAGAGAGACCUGCAGAGAUACUAUUAUAAAAGAGGGACGGAGAGAUGACAUGAUGCAACCGACUGGACUCGUGAGUCCUGAUAUAGAGAAGAGGGAAGAGGGCGUGAUGGCAACCGACUGGACUCGUGAGUCCUGAUAUAGAGAAGAGGGAAGAGGGCGUGAUGGCAACCGACUGGACUCGUGAGUCCUGAUAUAGAGAAGAGGGAAGAGGGCGUGAUGGCAAC